AUGCCAGUGCCUCCUCGGAGAUGUAUGCUCCUGGAUGACUUUCUGAAGGAGCCCACGCGCUUCGUGCGCGGCAACGCGUUCCUCCAGCGCGCCGCACCAACUGGCUCUUCGAGCCAAAUCGUCGGCAUCAUGCAGGCAAUUGCCGACGACUUUGUGCAAGAUCUGCAGAAGGAGCAGAGCGAGGAGGCAACGAACCAGAAGUCCUUCGAAGCCCUGAUGGCCGCAAAGGCGACCGAGAGCAAAGUCCUCGAGCAGCAGAUCCUUGCCAAGACAGAGGAGAAAGCCGACUCCAAGAGUUCGCUCGAGGCGACGAAGAAGGAACACACAUUCGGAGGACAUCAAGGCUACAACGGGCUCGCUGGGGGAAGAUGUGAAGUUCCAAGAGACCGUGGCCAAGCGCUGCGCUUCCAGCGACGCGAAGUACCAGGAGCGCAGCAAGACCCGCGCUGCCGAGAUGGAUGCAGUUUCUAA